GGACAACGACGACCACCAUUCCUUCAUCCCUUCCUUCUCCAACAUGCUUGCUCGGCGUACGCUCGGUCGUAUUGCGUCCCAGCCCCCGGCGCUGGGCGCGGCGCCCUCCCAGGCCCGCAACAUGGCCACCCUUCGUGAGAUCGAGCUUCGUCUCAAGUCCGUGAGGAACAUUGAGAAGAUUACGAAGUCCAUGAAAAUGAUUGCGUCGACAAAACUCGCGAAGGCGCAGCGUGCUAUGCAGGCGGGCAAGCAGUAUGGGAUUGCCAACACAGAGAUCUUCGCGCACACUGGUGCUGAGGAGGCUGGCAAGCGCAAGCUAUUCAUCGUCAUCUCGUCUGAUAAGGGUCUCUGCGGUGGUAUCCACUCCUCCGUGUCCAAGGCUACCCGUCGCGCAUUCGCGGAGAAGGACAAGGUCGAUGAGGAGUCGCCCAUCAUGGUCAUUGGUGACAAGUCCAAGGCCCAGCUCUCUCGUGCGCUGCCCAAGAACCUUGUCUUGACCUUCAAUCAGAUCGGCCGUGACAUUCCGACGUUCGCCGACGCGGCAGGUGUCGCAGACCUCAUCCUCACCUCGGACGUAAAGUACGACAAGAUUGCCAUCGUCUAUAACAAGUUUGUCUCUGCUAUCUCGUACGAGUCUGCUGUGGUCGAGAUCGACCCCGAGAACCUCCUCAAGGAGUCGCCCGGCUUCAAGGCAUACGAGAUGGAGGAUGACGUGACGAAGGAUCUUGCUGAGUUCACUCUUGCGAACGCCAUCUACGCAACCCUUGUCGAGGCACACGCUUGCGAGCAGAGCGCUCGUCGUAAUGCCAUGGAUAACGCGUCCAAGAACGCGUCGGAUAUGAUCAACCGCCUGACCAUGCAGUACAACCGUGGUCGCCAGGCCGCUAUCACGAACGAGCUGGUCGACAUCAUCACUGGUGCCAGUGCGCUCUGAGCGUGCGGAUGUCGGCAGGCGCGGUAGUCGUAGAGUACUGGGAUGCAGGAUCGCUCAUGUCAUCUCCAUACAUCCAUUUACAAUACUAGUAUCUAACGUCUAUGCCGCACUGCAUGGUGGUAAAGUUAUCCUGCAAUUUUUUGCUCGC